UUCUUUUGGCAAUUAAUCUUCCCAGAUUCUCCAGACUUCAUUGACUUGGAAUUUGAUUCAUCUUACGCACUACAUAAUGUUACCGCAAGACAAGUAUAUUUGCCUGGACGCAUGCCCAUGCCAGGUCCAAUGCCAGCCCCAAUGCCAAUGCCAAUGCCAAUGCCAAUGCCAAUGCCGAUGGCAAGGCCUCUUCCAGGUCCAGUGUCAAAUCCCGGUCGUGUGUACUACUCUCCGGUACAACGCAGACCAAUGCAAAUGCCCACGCCAAUGCUAAUACCAAUUGUCAUCCUACCAAUUGGUAUAGGCAGUUACCCUAACAUGGGCUAUAAUUACAAUCAAUAUUAUGGGCCAGGUGGCAUUUACCCCACUUAUAAUAACCAAUACAGCACUCAAAGUCCCAACUAUGACUACUACAACAACAACAACAACAAUAAUAAUUACAAUUAUGUCAACAAUAACAAUGAUUACAACUCAUAUGGAUAA